UACGCACGCACUCACAUGACACCAGGAUGAGCUAGAAAGGUAUAAAAAUGAAGUGUAUCGUGGAAGUGGUAAGUGGAGGAGACUAGAGGGGAUGCGAGUGGGGGGUGAGCUGCACACUUGAAUUUUAACGUAUGUGAAGGAGGGAAUAUAGAUAAUGUUGGUGGUGAUGACAGAGGCCACUGAAGUAGUUCGGUGAAUAUAGUGCUGCUGGUGGUGGUGGUGAUGGUGGUAGUUUUAAAAGCCGUGAUGGAUUGUGGUAGAUGUGGUUGUGUCAGUAGUGGUGAUGGUGGAUGUGGUUAUGAUGGUGGUGGGGCGGUGGUGGAUGUGGUUAUGAUGAUGGUGGUGGAUCUAGUUGUGAUGGGAGGGUAGUAGUGGUAGUGGUGGUGGGUGGUGGCGGUGUGGGCGAGAGUGGGUCAGGAGAGGCUCCAGGUGGCGGAACCCACUCUCUCUCAGACCGUCGUCACAGUCGGUGAUGGGGACGGUGGAGUGCGACCCACGCUCAGCAACGCUCGCCUCGAAAUUCCUUCUCAAACUUCCUCAUCAAGUGACUCAAUUGUAGUUUGAAUUUUUUUCUGGUAUCAAGGAUGUACGAGUUAUUGCCGAGUGUAGCAAGUGUACAUUACGGAAUAGAAUUAUAAAUUCUGACAGUUAUAUGAAGUGAGAAACAGCAGUGCGUGUGCGAAAUAUGGCUCUGUUACUUGUGUUUUGGUUAACAGUGGCAGCAGGAGGCACUGAGGCAGUUCUGGUGCCUUACAUACUAGGAGACACAACUAUCAUGGUAGAUGGCUCUGCCCUCGGUUACAAUUCCCCGCUACUGGAUCACCUCAGGCAGGGCAUGCCCUUACGCCGGGGCAGUGCCCCGACGUCAGGAACCCCAGCCGAUGACACCGUCCAGAGGCCAGAAGAGGCUGGAGAUGCCACCCUAGAACAGGGUCAGUUUCAGAUCUGGGAAUCACCACACCGCCUAGAUCCCCAAGACUACCUCACCUCUACCAGCGACUUCCUCUCCACCCCUGACGGCAAAGUGGGCAUUAGCAUAAUGCCUCAGCACUAUACGACUGGGGAUCAGCACAUGUUCGGCGUAGCAACGCCACCAUUUAAUCUUGCAGAGGCUGCAGGGAUUCAUUUGAACGAUGAUACUUCCUUUGCCAAUUCUCCGCCCUUCUACUACUCCGUGGAGAAUCCAGAUAUCAGUCAGGUGUCACAGAAAAUUCACCACAUCGUAACUGCACUGCACUCGACGGCGGGCGGGAAGCCCAACGACCGCGCACCCAUCCCUCAUGAUGAGAUGCUGCAUUACUCCACCCAGCAGUCGGAUAGUUCCAUUGACCGUCCAACGGCUAUAACCAAUAACGAAGGCUUCGCAGGUAUGUCGGUAAUGCAUAUGGUACCCAAGGACUCUGGCCACCAUGAUGCGCUUUUCGCUAACAGCGGAGAUUACAACCCGUUAUUAAAUAGUGAUCCUGCUCCUUUUCCCGUCCCAGUAGGUGAGGCACCUCUCGAGCCAUAUGACCUACAGGAAAGUGCUGACAAUUCACAUGGGGUGAACGGUUUCAACGAGCACUGGAUCCAUGACAGCAGCCAGCUGCCAUUUUAUUCUGAAACCCACGACUUCAGCGACGACACUUUAACAAACCAACAACAGAGUUCUCCCGCUAGUUCCUCGCUGCUGGUUCAGGAAGUCUCUAAGAAAGACACCGGCCAGAUAGAGGGUCACCUCAAAGCUCCCAUUGACGCAAGACUCUCAGGCGCUGACCGUAAUGCAGCGCAAGUAGCUUUCCAAGACGCCAGUGACCCAACAGUAACUACACAAGUAGACGAAAAUUUCCACUCAGACAUCGUACAAAAGAUAGUCAGUGAUUUAAUUAAUCAGCGUGAUACAACUACUUAUCCUACUGAUCAGCAAGAUACUGUUACUGAAAAGACUGAGCAACAGAAUACAGUUACUGAGAUAACUGAAAAGUGGAACACCAUUGCUGACUUGAAUAACCAACGAGAAGCUGUUAAUGGUUCGACAGUUAACAUUUUUGACUCUAAUAAUCAGCAAGGUGUUACUGACUCUGUCGACAAAUGGCACAGAGUUGGUGAAGUGACUGUCCAACAGGAGACAGUUACUGAAUCGUCUGACCAAUAUGAGACAGUUACUGAAUCGUCUGUCGAACAGGAAACUGUUACUGAAUCGUUAGUCCUGCAAAUGACACUUGCUAAUACUGCUGGCCAAGAGGAGGACCUUACUGACACUACUGUCCAACAACAGAUCACCACUGACUCAAACAUCCUGCUGAAGCAUGACAUAACUGAGCAAGAAGCGACGCCACCCUACGGUAACAGAGACGAAGAGGAAGAUACCUUCACAGAAUCCCAACAACCUCCGACUGAACAGCCUCUCUUUAUUAUCCCGGAGGAGAUCCUGGCACUCAGAGAGGAGGAACUUAAGCAUCACGAGAAACAGGAUACUUUGCACGGUGCCAUAGAGCAGGAGGACCAACUGGCACUCAACCAGGCUAUGGCAGAACUUUUUGGCAUCUUGUCUAACCCUAACACUAAUGAUUCCGAUAAACCAGAAGACGGGGAACAUUAUGAUUCUCAACAAGCUAUCGGGACUACCACAGUACCACUUGCAGUGUACACACACGAAAGUGACCAAGCUCUUCUGCAACACAAUGGAGAAUAUAUUAAAAUCGAUCGUGAAGACAACGAACACUCUACACCAUCAGUUACUCACCUAGAGCAUGAAGACGCGAGUCUUAAGAACAACUCAUCAGCGAAACCACUAAGUACCUAUGAGGAUGGAAGUGAUAGGUGGUCAGAAAGUGAACAGAAACCCCAAACGUUCAACUCUAACCAACACAGCAUCUCACACCAUUACACUAAUCCCAUAUUCACGGACUUUCCCUUAACACGGGAACCCGAGAACGCAGGUACUCAACACGAAGUGUUAGAGGACGGUGCCUUGCAUUACUCUCCCGGCCUCCUCAUCCCUCCACCAGAAACACAAGAACAAACCAGUGACCUUCACGGUGUUAGUGAGGAAUCUUUCCUCUCUAGACACGAGCCGCCUCGCCCAGACGAUGGGCUUAGUACUUGGUUCGAUCGCGACCCCAUCACUAUCUUCGAUCCGUUGCAUUCUGAUAAAUUAGGCUCAGGAGUAAAUACAGGGAUACUGUCGGGAAGCGCAACUUCAGUGAUAAACACUGGGUUAUUCCAGGGCACCACAGUCUCAGAGAUAAACACAGGGAUCCACCAAAACAGCGUAGUAUCAGGCACACACCAAGGGACACAGAGCACCACACACCCGGGGAUACAUCAGAACAGCACAAACCCGGGGAUACAUCAGAACAGCACACACCCGGGGAUACACCAGAACAGCACACACCCGGGGAUACAUCAGAACAGCACACACCCGAGGAUACAUCAGAACAGCACACACCCGGGGAUACAUCAGAACAGUACACACCCAGGGACAAACACCGGGUUAGUCCAGAUAAGCACGGUCCCAGGAAUAAACACAGGAAAACCCCAGGCCAGUUCAAACUCAGAAGUUAUAUGGAUACACAUAAACGGUACAACCCCAGGAACAAACACAGGGGCACACCAUGGCAACACUGUCUCAUGGAUAAACACAGGGAUAUCCCAAGGUAGUACAAACUCAGUUCCCGUAAUAAGAGUGCCUGAGGGGAAGCCGGUACCAGGACACACUCUUCCACCCCUGCCAGGCGUACAACCGACACCAGGAGACACUCUUCCUCCCCUGCCAGGCGUACAACCGACACCAGGAGACACUCUUCCUCCCCUGCCAGACGUACAACCGACACCAGGAGACACUCUUCCCCCCCUGCCAGGCGUACAACCGACGCCAGGAGACACUCUUCCACCCCUGCCAGGCGUACAACCGACACCAGGAGACACUCUUCCUCCCCUGCCAGACGUACAACCGACACCAGGAGACACUCUUCCCCCCCUGCCAGGCGUACAACCGACGCCAGGAGACACUCUUCCUCCCCUGCCAGGCGUACAACCGACACCAGGAGACACUCUUCCUCCCCUGCCAGACGUACAACCUACGCCAGGACACACUCUCCCACCCUUGCCAAACGUACAAAUGGAGGAGGACACUGGAACUGACGGAGGCUCUGUGUCUACUCAUGGAAAUAUCCCAGGGAUGAUCCACAACACUGACGAGGAUGGCGAAGGAGAGAGCAACAGUAGUAAUUACAAUAACAGUAGCAGCAACAGUAACACCAACACAAGGAGAACCAACGUUACCAGCAUUUUUGAAGGGGCAGUGUUCCACAGUGUUGAACCAAGCCUCAUUCAGAAAUCCUCCUGCAGAUGCGGCUUGCGUCUCACCUCAAAGAUCGUAGGAGGGCAGCCAGCGGAGAUAGAACAGUUCCCAUGGAUGGCAGCCUUCAAGCUCAAGAGCACAGGGUUCAUAUUCUGCGGUGGUUCCAUUGUUAGUGACCUCUACGUUCUCACCGCCGCUCACUGUGUCAAGGAUCGUCGGGCAGAAGAGGUGAUUAUACGGCUGGGAGAGACGACCAGGAGUGGCACCCAGGCAGUGGAAGUGCCAGUCCAGGAGAUCCUCCUUCAUCCCAGGUACAGCUUGACCGCGGUCACUCACUUUGACAUCGCGCUGGUCAAGCUUCAACAACCAAUAGAAUACAACGAGAGAAUCCUGCCCGUCUGUCUCGCUUCUGGCAAACAUAAAUAUAAAAAUGAACAAGCCUAUGUAGCUGGGUGGGGAAGAAACCGGUUUGGUGGAAGCGUUGAGGAGGGACUGCAGGAGGCCAGAGUACGAGUACUCUCCACCAAGGAGUGUAAACAUAACUCUCAGUACCAGAACAAUGAAGUACAUAACAAGAUCAUUUGUGCUGCUGCUGAGGGCAAGGAUGCCUGUCAGGGUGACAGUGGAGGCCCACUGGUGGCUCUCAGUGGUGACCAGUACACACAGAUAGGCCUAGUGUCCUGGGGUAUAGGCUGUGCUGACAGUAACUACCCAGGGAUCUACACCAGGAUAUCAUCUUUCAGGUGA